CAGAGGCCGACGUUCAUGGAUGCAGUCGGUGUCGGCACGUGGCGCGCGCCGCACGUAUCUCGCGCCUUUGUCCUUUGUGACGUAUAAUGACAGUUUGAUUACAAUAGCCAUUGUGUUUCAAAAUGAAAGUGGAUAAGGAACUGAGUCUCGCGGGCCCGGUGGAAACUAAGCCGAUUAUGUCUGACAGGAAGGGGAGCCUGAAGGUGACCAUCACCCCGGCCCAGCACAAGACCCUCACGCACUUGCCGAAGAGGCCUCCAGUGGACUUGGCCUUUACAGACCUGACGUACCGCGUGCAGGAAGGCAGAAAAAGCAAUGUGAAGACAAUCCUGAAGUCGGUGUCAGGACGGCUGCGCUCCGGCGAGCUGACCGCCAUCAUGGGCCCGUCCGGCGCCGGCAAGUCCACUUUGCUCAACAUCCUCACCGGUUACAGGACCUCAGGCAUGGAAGGCAGCAUCACGGUCAACGGCAUGGAGCGCAACCUGUCCAGCUUCCGCAAGCUGUCCUGCUACAUCAUGCAGGACAACCAGCUGCACGGCAACCUGACGGUGGAAGAAGCCAUGUCCGUCGCCACGGCUCUCAAGCUGCCGUCGGCUACUGCUAAGGUGGAUAAGGAGGAAGUGAUCCAAGAGAUCCUCGAGACUCUUGGCCUAUCCGAACACCACAAGACCAUGACGUCUAACCUCUCCGGCGGCCAGAAGAAGCGUCUGUCCAUCGCGUUGGAGCUCGUCAACAACCCGCCCAUAAUGUUCUUCGACGAGCCCACGUCUGGGCUUGACAGUUCCUCGUGCUUCUCGUGUAUUUCCCUGCUGAAGACGCUGGCUCGAGGAGGCCGCACUAUUAUCUGUACUAUUCACCAGCCGUCGGCGAGGCUGUUUGAAAUGUUCGACCAUUUGUAUACCCUCGCGGAUGGGCAGUGCGUGUACCAGGGCAGCACGGGGAGAUUGGUGGAGUGGCUGGGCACCCUGGGCUUGCAGUGCCCCUCAUACCACAACCCGGCGUCCUUUAUCAUCGAGGUCUCCUGCGGGGAAUACGGUGACAACACUGGCAAGCUGGUGCGCGCCAUCGACAACGGGAAAAACGACAUAAGGGACGGCGUCCCAUUCCCCGACAGCAAAAUCCCGGAGUACAACAACAAACGGGACAUGGAGGCGUCGCUCAACGCUGCCCGGGACAAGAACGACCUGUCCCAAUUGCAGGAGAAGUUCCGGGACGCCAACGGGAACGGGAACGGAAACCUGCAGAACGGGAUUCUGCAGUACGCGGUUGGAGAGGUCGCUAAGGGUAACGGUGAACCCCUGGUAGUGCAGAUGGAAUCCGAGAAGCAGGACAACGCGUCGGUGGCGCUGCUGGGCGACGAGGCGAGCCCGCGUCGCUACGCCACGUCCGAGUUCAAACAGUUCUGGGUCGUGCUCAAGAGGACGCUGCUGUUCAGCAGGAGGGACUGGACGCUGAUGUAUCUACGUCUGUUCGCUCACAUCCUGGUGGGCUUCCUGAUCGGCGCGCUGUACUACGACAUCGGCGACGACGGCUCCAAGGUGCUGUCCAACCUCGGCUUCCUCUUCUUCAACAUGCUGUUCCUCAUGUAUACCUCCAUGACCAUCACUAUACUUAGUUUUCCACUGGAGAUGCCUGUGCUAGUGAAAGAACACUUCAACCGGUGGUACUCGCUGCGGUCCUACUACCUCGCCAUCACGGUGUCUGAUAUACCAUUCCAGGCGAUUUUCUGCGUGAUCUACGUGGUGAUCGUGUACCUGCUGACGUCACAGCCGGCCGUGUGGUUCCGCUUCGCCAUGUUCCUGUCGUCGUGCCUGCUCAUCUCCUUCGUGGCGCAGAGCGUCGGGCUGGUGGUCGGCGCUGCUAUGAACGUGCAGAACGGCGUGUUCCUGGCUCCGGUGAUGUCGGUGCCGUUCCUGCUGUUCAGCGGGUUCUUCGUGUCGUUCAACGCGAUCCCUAAAUACCUGCGCUGGAUCACUUACCUGUCGUACAUUCGCUACGGCUUCGAGGGCACCGCGCUCGCCACCUACUCCUUUGACCGGCCCAAGCUGCAGUGCCAUCAGACGUACUGUCACUUCAAGAACCCGGAGAUAACCCUGGAAGAACUAGACAUGCAGGACGCAGACUUCACGCUGGACAUCGCAGCGCUGUGCCUGAUAUUCGUGGUGCUCCGUGUGUCUGCCUUCCUCUUCCUUCGUUGGAAGCUCAAAGCUACUCGGUAGGUUCGCUUAUCGUUAGGUAGCCGGCGAGUUACGUCACAAGAAUUGUUAAGGCGAGUGUCUUUUAGGGCGGAGAAUCGAGUUUUGUCGUCUAUAUCUUUGUUUCAGAGUUGAUAAUGUCUCAGGAACUGGAUGUAUUCGAUUACAUCAAACCUGACUCGAUUCUGCGCCUUAAAUUAAUGCAAGCAAUUAUAGAGUCAAGUCACAAAUCUAAACUACAACAAUCUAUCUACAACUAAUCAAUACAAUGUUGUGUCAAUUAACUGGCUGAGCUAAUUUAUAUUAUAUUUUUAUUCAAAUAAGUACCAUUUAAUUCAGACAGAUGAUUUUGUAAAUAUUUUAUUCGCUAUAAUUCUUAAAAUGUUAAGGUAAUUGUGGACCAUCUAAAUCUAUCUUUUUUGACUCAAAUUCGACGUGACUCUAAAAAUGUAAUAAGUGACGUAACUUUAGAAAGGCUUAAACCAUACAGACUUUUAAUUAAAACAUUAAAGACUAAAUUAAACAAGACAGGUUCUAUGUUUAAGAGGUCGAUUGCAACUUAUUCCUUUUGUAGUACAGUCGUUAAUUUACGAAUACGAAUGAAAAGGCAAUGUAUGCCUUGUGCAAAUGCCAACUAAUUUAUGCCUGUGACGACUCACAAUGUCGGAUACAACGGUUGUCUCACUGCUGUACUUGAAGGAAAAAGUUCGAAUCGGCGUUUAGAUAAUUGCGUUACCUUUGUAUACAUUAUUGUGAUAGUUGGUGUUAAUUGUUCGAAUAAACCUUAUGAUAGUUUGUAUUGGCACGAAGGUUUUCACACUUCUAUUCAAACACAUGACAUCGACAAUGGUGCGUAUUCUGAAACACAUUCCUAAAAAUGUAUGCCCCGUUUGAUAUUUCAAACAUAUGCUAUCCUUGUCUACAUAAGUACUGAGUGAGAAGGAUAACAUAAACUAAAUAGUCUUAUGAUUUCAGUAAGAAAAUUGUGUUUCAGAAAAUGCAGCAUUGUGACCACAUAUGAACACGUGGUACUUACAUGAUUAGGGAAUUUAUAUUGUCAGAGAACCCUUAAUUUUUAUAAUAAGGUACGGAUAUACUAUUUAUUAAAUGUGCCUUGAUUUAAACUCGACUUAAUGUAAAAAGUCCAACUGAAAAUUAAUAAUAGUGGACUGUUUAGAACAUGAACAAAAUAUAAACGUAAUUUUUAAUAGUUGUAAGCGUCUUGUGAUAAUUCAACGUUUUCAAAUAUUUCAAAAUAGUUUCCUAACAUUCCUAUUUGUAUAUAAAAUUAUCAAAAUAUCAUAAUUCGUAAUGUAAUGACAGUAUUUAGGCAAAAGAUAAUACAUGUCAUGUCAAAAUACAAAUUUGUCACAGAUUAUGAUGAUAAUUAACACUAAAACCAUUUAUUUUAUAAGUUGGUAGAUCUGAAUUACGCCUGGGCCAUUUCAAUAUUUCGAAAGCUGUACGAUUCUUUGUAUAUUUUCUAGAAAAUGGAAAAUUAGUAACAAAUUGUUUUAUUUUAUUACAAAUCGAGUCGGUCAGAUUGUAAAAGGUGUAUGAAAAAAUCAAGCAUUAAAAUGGCGACGAACAGUUCAUACAAAUGAAACAUUAAAAAAUUGUGAUGAAGACAAGAUUUUUAUAAUUCUUUUUCUUUCUUGGUUUGUAACACUCUUGUAAUGAUGAAAAAUAUACUGCUCUCUCAUAUUCAGUCUUCAAGCGAAAGAUAACACAACCACUAAAAUAAAUCACAACAACCGGCUGUCAGAUUUUGAUCUAACAAAAUGACACGCUCAAAACAAAAUGGCUCGGUGUAAUCAAAACCAAAAUGGUGGCUAUGUGAAAGACAAAUAAUACCUUAUAUAGUUUUGCUCAUGUUGCUAACCGUCUUGCCUUAUUGGCUUGCCUUUAUGUCUUAUAUUCAAAUUAGUCGAUAAACUUAAUUUUAAUGCAAUGGCUAUGUGGUGAGGAUAAAUAAUUGUAAUUAAAUUGUUGUUUUUGCGAAAAUACAUAAUUUUAAGUGAUUAUUUAUCAUUACCACAUUUCAUUAAUAGGCGUAAUAAUCAGGGAUCAUGGUAAUUUCUAUUGCUCUUAAUUAUUAUAAU